GGGACAUUUUUCAGUUGCUGCCCGGAUUUAUUAAAGAAAAAAAGCAACAAAAAGCAUCGGGGCAGAGAGAACGCUUGAUCGAAACGAGUGCAUAUAGUGCGUUGUUUUGCUGGCGGAGUGGUUCGAGUGUCCGGUCGGGGUGAAGAGUCUCUUCCGCCGUGCGUGUGUUUACAAGUGUUUGAAGCAGCAGCAGCAGCAGCAGCGGCAGCAGCGAGGAGGGAUGGUGGACAACUCAGGCAGCAGCAAGCCACAAAUGCCCAACAUGUCUCAGGAGCCUGGAGUGGCCUUUCCUCAGAGCACCUCUACCGGAGGAAUGAAGCUGGAGGCAGUGAUGGAGCAGCUCCAACGCCAGCAGCAGGCCAGAUUGGAAAUGGAGCGCAAAGAGAGGAAGCUGCGAGAGGCCCACAUCAUGUAUGCUCAGCAGGUUGCUGCUCAACAAGCCAUCCUGGCAGCGGCCCGAGCUUCUGGAGCCAGCUUCAUGGGCAAAGGCUUGGCCGGAGUCCCCAGUGGUGUCUUGCCUCCCCGCGUCUCCAAUCAAAGCAGCGUGGAUUCGGAAAGAGAAGACGACGAGGACCGAGGUCGGGAUUCGGGCGAUGACGACGACGAUGCUGAAAUGAUGGAUGGAGAUGAGCGCAGCGAUGAGGAGGAGGGCAGCGCCAGUGGUCUGGAGUUCCUCCGCAAGCAGACCCUGGCCUUGCAGCAGAGUGCCUCUCGCAUCCCACCACGACCGUUUGGCAGCUAUGCUGCCUCGGCGCCACAGAGGGCCGCCUCUCCUCCUAUCAGAGUAAAGCAGGAGCCAGAUGAAGGGCUGUCACCUGCAGGACCGAACUCCGCGGCGUCUCCCAACGGGCAGGCUGACUGGGGCUUCGAUGACCACUUUCGACAAAAUGGCAGUGCAGGAUGGGCAGAUGAAGCAGAUAGCAGCAGAGGAAGAGGGGAAGCAUCCAGAGACUUUGCUAAAUUGUACGAGCUCGACAGUGACCCCAAAAGAAAAGAAUUUUUGGACGAUCUUUUCACCUUCAUGCAAAAAAGAGGAACUCCAGUCAAUCGUAUCCCCAUCAUGGCCAAGCAGGUUCUGGAUCUGUACAUGUUGUACAAGCUGGUGACAGAUAAAGGAGGCCUGGUGGAAGUUAUCAACAAGAAGAUCUGGAGAGAAAUCACAAAGGGACUCAACCUGCCUACCUCCAUCACCAGUGCGGCUUUCACCCUGCGUACACAGUACAUGAAGUAUCUGUAUCCUUACGAGUGUGAGCGGAAAGGCCUGAGCUCCCCCGGCGAGCUGCAGGCCGCCAUCGACAGCAACAGGCGCGAGGGCCGUCGUCCCAGCUACAGCAGCAGCCUCUUCCGCUUCUCCCCGUCUCCCAGCACGGCCCCCCACAUCCUUUCCCCACCAAAGAUGCACCUUUCUGCUCUGGCGGCUGGUACCUCGGGGGCCCUCAACGGUCUGCAGGCCUCACCGGGACCUUCUCUGAAGAAAGGUGGGCUCCUUUACGUCAGCGAAGACCUCACCCCCUCCAUCAUGGCCGCCCGGCCCACCAUGGCCUUGGCUCUGGGUCAGCAGCAGGUGGCCGGUUUGGCACGAGCUGCCACGCUGGAGCAGCUGAGGGAGAAGCUGGAGACCGGCGGUGGAGAGGGACCCGAGCGGAAGAUGGCCCGCCUGGCCGAGGAGCAACAGCGUCUGAUGCAGCAGGCGUUCCAGCACAACCUGCUGGCCAUGGCCUCACAGAUGCCCAUGAACCUGCGGCUGGGAGCGCCUGCUGUCGCCGCCCGAGAAGAGAAGCAGCAGGACAUGUCUCUGAGCAUCUCGACUAAUGGCAACGCCAGCAUCACUGUCUCCGUGGAGGUCAACGGCACAAUGUACUCAGGAACCCUGUUCGCCCAGAAGUCUGGCGGCCCCGUGGCCCCAGCUGCUGCCGUCUCAGCUUCCCCUGCAGGGACCAGCACCAGCUUUGGCUUUUCUGCAGCGCCGGCUCAGACCCUCAGCCCUGCCUCCUCCUCCCCAUCCUCUUCCUCCAAGGGCCCCGGCUCAGCUGAGCCCGCUCCCAACGGCUCCCCGUAACCAGGGCCCGGCUCCCGUAACUGCUCCCCAGACCUCUCUUCCACCGGGGGGUCCAGCAUGAAUAUUCAGUAACAAACUGUUGCACAACAAAUACCUCAUCACCUGUCGACCUCUUGGCUGACCAAUCAUGAACACAGAGCCUGAGAAUGUUAGAAACGUGCCCGAACGUACAGCUAUGCAUUUACUCACCACACACACACACGCACACACACACACGCUGAUCCUCACUAACAUGCUAGACACAAUCAACUCAGCCAAAACCCACUGACAGGUGUAGUCACAACAGAACUUGAAAAGUUUUAUCUUAGGACUUUUUGUUUGUUUGUUGCCAUUUUGUUGUCUCUUUGAUUUUGUGUUUUAGAAUGAUUUUGUUUUUAGUUUCUCUUUUUACAUACCUCAAAUCAAGUAACCUGCAGUGGUGUCUUUACCUCAGGAGCUGUAGUAUAUUUAACCUGAAUCAACUUUAUUUUUGUAUAUUUUUUUUGACCUCGUUGCAAUCAGGGGAAGUCGGGUAUCUCACCUGUGGGGGGCGCUUGUGAGCACCCACAUCACGUUAAACACACCUGACCCGCGCGCCGCAGACUCUGGGUCGACUCGCUGUAGAUCAGCACGUUAAAAUACCUCAUUCCGUAGCUCCGGUCCGCUUGAGGUCGCGCUGCGGACAGAACUCGGCUCAGCUCAGCAUCCUCCGGUCCAAAAGAACAACCUGUCACGUCAUUCCCACUUCUGACCUCACGCCGGCUUCUCUGGACUCGGUUUUUCUCUCAGGAAGCAACGUGACACGCAAGGAAUCACUGUUCACGUCUAAAGAAGAAGAAAACCUCUGAAGAAUGCACAAGUCUACUCGACUGUUUCCACGAAUACCUCAUGGGACUCUCUCGGGAGGAGAGCCACACUACUUACCUCAAGGGGCUGCUGAGUCAGCAAGACUUGACGGCCCUGAACGCAAACUGACCCACAAACUGCUGCUGGUUUUAAGGGUGAAUCGGCCGGCUCUCGCCUUCUUGCCUCUGAUUGUCGCCCGUCUGUCUUGCGGUGCCGAGACGGCGGCCGUGUGAUUGUUUUUCAGGGAAGAGGAUUGUUGACAGAAACUCUGUCAAAACUGAUAUGCAUGUGUACAAUCAUCAUCAUCAUCAUCCUCGUUAGUUAUUGCACAGCUAGAUACCAAAAAGUAGUCUGAUACAAUCCCGGUCCGACCUGCUGUGGUCCGGCCGCGCCAGGAGGUGGCGCUGUUGACUUCACUGAAAAGGAAUCCGCGUGAGAAGAGAUCACAUUUAACAUUGAAACGCCAUGAAACAGUUGUCAGUAUUGAAGAGUUUCGAACGGUGCAUUCAGUGACUUGGUACACUCACAUCUUAUGACGCAUUCACUGACCUCGGAUGUCUUCAAGGAUGGCACCAAAAUGAGUCAAUCAAAAACGGCAUAACCUUGCCCUAGAACUAAGUGAAUUUUGGGGCGCGCAUUAGGACCGAACUGUUAGAUGGGAAGACGUCAAGCUGGAAUCAUGUAUUAUUGACUUAUUUAAGGUAUUUAUAAUUUUGCUGAAGCAGCCUUUGCUGUGCUCCUAAUAUAAUAACUUUUUGUCUGAAUCAGGAUCCUUUGUCAGCGGUGCGUUCGCUGACCAUUUUUGUUUUACACUUAGUGACUCUGAAGAUGCGUUAAAUAACAAUUUACCAGACCUUAAAUGCAUCACCGCGUCCCUGACAGGAGCGAGUCAAAGUCGUCCUGUAGCCUGUGAUCUCUUCUCAGGCCCGUGAAUGAAUCCCAACCCACCUCCUGACCACCCUUUAAAUGGAUAGUUCAGCAGCACAUGGAAGGACAGAGAGCUUUAUCUUGCGAGUAGCCUUGUUGCUUUUAUUUCCAUUAUGUGUCAGCGGUCACCUGGCAGUGCAGGAUGGAGACACAGAGUCUUCUGGGUUUUUUUUUUCCCCCGGUGAAGCGCCGUCAGAAUCAUGUGACACAUAACUGUAUUUUAUACACGGAAAUGUAGAUGCUGCCUUAAAGUAGUUGCUGGUGAGAUCCGGUCAGUGCGGCCGCGAACAAUGUCUGUCUCUCUUCAAGCUUAAUCCUCGAGGAGAAAAAUCACUGUUUUGUUUUUCAAUCAAUCUGAACGACGGACGCCGUCGCGUUUAUUUAUUCAUUAUUUUCUUUGUUUUUCUUCUGACUGAGCUUGUUUUCCAGAUGAAACCAGUCUCAGCGACUGAUGGUGCAGCUUCACUGCCAGAUCAGAUAUAGUGAUACUGCGAACGAUCCUGCAGGUGGCGCUGUUGUCAUCGAAAUGCAAUGUGUAAAUGAGAAGGGUGUGUAUUCAGAUUUGCCACGAUGUGCAAGUGACAUUAUUCCAACUCUUACAAACCUGCAACCAUUUGUGUGAGUGUGUGUGUGUGUGAGUGAGAGAGGGAGUGAGAGUGAGUGUGUGUCUGACCCCCAUCCACCCAACUUCACGCCGUGAUACCUCAGGGCAGUGGGCUGCGUCUCGGUGAUGCCCACCUGGAGGGACGAGCACUGACACACGCUGCGGUCACUUCUUAGAUUUUGGUGUUUUUGGAUUUUUCUUUCUCUCGUUGUCGUCAGUAACUGCAAGCAAAAAGUCUCGUCGCUCGGGAAGCUGUGAAGUUGGAGGCCGAAAACAGAAACCUUUUACUGUCUCGGAUGAUUUUUUUUUGGAGUUGAUUCAGUUUGAAAUUGUUUAAAAAAGAAAAAAGAAAAAAAAAAGAAGAAACCCGAUCUGUGUAACAACAGGCGCAUAUGCAAGUGGUUAUCGAAUACCUCAUUUAUCGAUUUAUGUUGUUUUGGCUUGUACAACGCUCCGUAUAUUAAUUCAACUGUGGGGUUUGUGCAUAUUUUUGUACUGUUGUUAUUAUUAUUGACAUGAUAAUAAUGAUAUUACUUUAUUAUAGUUUUCUCUUUGAUUAAAGCAAAUGAAAAAAUAGGGCAAAACACGAAUGCUUGUAAAAACUGGUUUGUGCUGAUUGUAUUUAAGCGGAGCACUUUCCCAAAGUGGUUUCACACAUUCAGUUUUGUUCAUAUUAGUAAUAUAAAGAUGGUUCUCAGGGCUUUAAACUUGUAUGUCAUGAUAAAGUUACUUUAUAUCUUAUUCC